AUGAAGGGAGACGCUCCACAGAGAGGCAUGAAGACCACAUGUCUUUGGGCUGCCGCCCUCCUGCUGCCAUUCAUCCCUCUGGUUACCAGCGUGCAGUCAUCCAGUUCGGGAAAUUCAGACUUGAGACAGAGCCCGAAGUCGAAGGUGAAGACGUACUGGACGGAGAGCAGCAAAGCCCUCUCUAUCAGUCGUCUGCUCUCCCAGACCCUCUAUGGCAAAGAUAACUUCACCUCUCUGAAUCUAAAUUACAAUGAGGCAGAUCCUUACUCCAACCAGGAGCAGUGGAACUGGCUUUACAACGCUUCAAACCCCCAAGACCCUCGAUCCAGGUCCAAAAGGAGGCCCAUCGUCAAAACGGGCAAAUUUAAGAAGAUGUUCGGAUGGGGUGACUUCCAUUCCAACAUCAAGACGGUGAAACUCAAUCUCCUGAUCACUGGCAAAAUUGUGGAUCACGGCAAUGGAACGUUUAGCGUGUACUUCCGCCACAAUGCCACCGGACAGGGCAACGUGUCCGUGGGACUGGUCCCGCCUACCAAGGCGGUGGAGUUCCAGGUCCACCAGCAGCACCAGCAGCACCACCAGCAGCAGACGGCUCUAGAGCCCAAAGAAACCAAGCUGUUCAACUGCAGAGUGGAGUACGAGAAAGUGGAGAAGGGCACCAGGAACUCACUGUGUGCCCAUGACCCUUCCCAGAGUUGCCCCCAAGAACAAACCCAGAGCCACGUGUCCUGGCUGUGCUCCAAGCCCUUCAAAGUCAUCUGCAUCUUCAUCACCUUCUACAGCACCGACUACAAGCUGGUGCAGAAGGUGUGUCCAGAUUACAACUACCACAGUGACACCCCCUAUCUUCCCACCGGGUGA